AUUUUGUGGUUUAUUUCAAGACAUCCAAUAAAUGUAAAGAUGAGUGAAUCAAACGGCAAACGCAAGAAAAACUAUUAUAAAUCAAAUAAGAAAUCGAAGUAUUCUUCUGGUUCUUCGGGACACCUUUGCGAUGGUGUCAAUGGAUUUAUGGUUACCUGUAAUUUCAAAGAAUACGGCUGUCUUCACGAGUCUUACAAUCUGUUCAAUGAGUUUGCAGAUAAAGUCUACGGAAACUAUAGUCCCGAUAAUACCACCGAUGACUUAAAUAAUGAUAACAAACAAGACGUUAAUGACAUCGAGAAAGCCAUUAAAAAUGAGGUCAAUUUGAUGACAACACAGAAGAAACGUUUCCAACAAAUGAUAACUAAAUGUAAUAAUGUUUUGUUUAUUAAAUCAAAUGACAAAUCUGUGGAUCCUUUAGUGAUAACAUCGGAAAUAUUAAAAGAAAUCGAAACAAAUGGCAAACAAUUAACUAAACAAUUGCUUAGAUUAAUACCAAUUGUGAUUACAUUUAAGACAAUUUGUAGUAAUUUUGAUGAAAUUGUUGAAAAUUAUUUAGAAAAAGAACCGAAAGAGUUGUUGACUUUUAUGGUUCAGUGCAAAGUCAGAAACAAUAGUGAUGUUAAAAGACAACAAAUGAUCGACAAAGUGGUAGCUGUUGUCAAACGGGUCAGACCGGAGUGGAAGACGGACUUUACAGACCCCAAGUUGACCAUCAAUUUGGAGAUUUUAAACAAAAUAUGUUGUCUUUCAUUAUUAAAGGAUUACAAUAAAUAUUGUAAAUAUAAUUUGAUUGAAUUCUCUAAGAAAUGUCUAAAACAGUUGACAACCGAUAAUAAACAAUUGGAUGAAAAAUAA